AGCCUCGAUCGGUUGGCGUAUUGGUUGCCCACUGCUUCAUUACUACUCUCUCUCUCUCUCCCUCCGUCACAUCGCCGGCCGAUCCCUUUUGCUCGCCUCGAUCUCCAACACGAGUAGCGGUUUUCGCAAGGUUCAGCAGCGGCGGUGCCGAGAACUUGAACCUUCUCCGCCAUUGUCACCGGCGAUGUCUGGGCCUCGACCGACCCGCUCGACCUACCGCCCUCUUCAUCUCCGCAACCAUGACGAUCGCCCUAGUGGUCCGACCACCUUUCCAUCCGAAUACAACGCAACGCGCCGCGGCUCCUUCAAUUCUGAACCUGGUGGACGAACCUACCGCCGUGGUUUCGGACGCCGCGAGGAGCCCAUCCCCUUUGAUAUCGCCGACGCUUCAGCUGACAGCGGCGGGAUUAACUUUGACGCCUACGAUAACGUUCCUGUGGAGGCCAGUGGGGUCGAUGUGCCGCCUUCUGCUGCAAGCUUCGCGGAGAUCCAUUUGGGUGGUGUCUUGCAGAGAAACAUCGAGCGGUGUAGGUACACGAAGCCUACUCCGGUGCAGCGACACGCCAUGCCCAUCUUGAUCGCAGGGAGGGACCUGAUGGCCUGUGCGCAGACGGGGUCGGGGAAGACAGCUGCAUUUUGCUUCCCGAUCAUCUGUGGCAUAAUGAAGCAACCACCGCUGCCGCCUACUGAUCCACCCUACUGUAGCAGUGCUUUUCCUUAUGCACUUCUUCUUUCCCCAACCAGGGAGUUAGCAAAUCAGAUUUAUGAAGAAGCCAAGAAGUUUGCAUAUCAAACAGGUGUCAGAGUAGUCGUUGCCUAUGGUGGAGCUCCAAUUUCGCAACAGCUGCGUUCUUUAGAGCGAGGUGUUGAAAUUUUAGUCGCAACACCUGGUCGUUUGAUGGAUCUAUUAGAGAGAGCAAGAAUUUCUCUUCGAGGCAUCAGAUAUUUAGCACUUGAUGAAGCAGAUAGAAUGCUGGAUAUGGGUUUUGAGCCACAGAUUAGGAGAAUAGUGGAGCAGAUGGGCAUGCCCACUCCAGGUAAAAGACAAACAAUGCUCUUUAGCGCGACCUUCCCCCAGGAGAUUCAGCGAUUGGCUUCAGACUUCCUGUCCAACUACAUUUUUUUGUCUGUGGGAAAGGUUGGAUCUAGCACAGGUUUAAUCUCUCAAAGAGUUGAAUAUGUACCUGAUAUGGAGAAAAGAAAUUACUUAAUGAAUCUUCUCCGUGCACAAAGAAAUUGUGGAAGUUAUGAAAAGCAUGGUUUGACCUUAGUAUUUGUGGAAACUAAAAGAGGAGCUGAUAACUUGGAGAGCUGGCUUUCUAGAAAUGGUUUUCAUGCAACAUCUAUUCAUGGUGAUAAAACUCAACUAUUUGUUGCAUACGCUGCUUGA